ACUCCGGGAGCGGCGAACAGAAAGCAACCUGGUUCUAGAGACAAUUAACAAAGGCUGGAGACCAGCCACAUCUUUGCGGCGCACGCACGCACGCAAACAGCAGCGUGGGCACAGCCGCGCCUGCCCGUGCCCUCGGUGGGCACAGCCGCCCAGAGCGGCGCGGGUGCGGGGAGCGUGGGAGCGUGGCGACCGGCUCCGUGCUUGAGCGCCCGCAGGCACCUUGCGCGCGCGGGAACUUGCUGACAUGGCCAAGCAUGGAGCCGACGAGCCAUCCUCCAGGUCAGGGAGUCCGGACAGGGAAGACAGGGUCUCUGAGGACAGAUCACUGCUUCAUCAGAGGCUGGCUGUCCAGGAGCUCAUCAACACCGAGGUCUCCUACGUGCACAUGCUCCAUCUCUGUGCCUCUGACAUCCGGAGCCGCCUCCAGCAGUUGCCGCAGGGAGAUCUGGAUGUCCUGUUCUCAAACAUUGAUGAUAUCAUCAAAGUGAACAGCAGAUUCCUUCAUGAUCUGCAGGAGACAGCCUCCAAGAAAGAGGAACAAGUGCAGCUAGUUGGUAACUUAUUUCUGGAAUUCCAAGAGGAGUUGGAGCAAGUCUAUAAGAUCUACUGUGUCAGCUACGACCAGGCCUUGCUAUUGGUGGAGAUGUACCGGAAAGAGCCGGAGCUGCAGCAGCAUAUCCAGGACAUCAUUAAGGCAGUGGUGCCACAAGCUGGAUCUUCAGGCCUCAGCUUCUUGCUGGUAAUUCCUCUGCAGAGGAUCACCAGGUACCCAUUGCUGCUGCAGAAAAUCCUGGAGAACACACUGCCUGAUGCCAGUGCCUACCCUGUCCUUCAGAGGGCUGUCUCUGCCCUCCAGGACGUGAACACCAAUAUCAAUGAAUACAAGAUGCGCAAGGAAGUGGCCUCCAAGUACACCAAGGUAGAGCAGCUGACCCUCCGGGAGCGGCUGGCCCGCAUCAACACACACACCCUCUCCAAGAAGACCACCCGGCUGAGCCAGCUGCUGAAGCAGGAGGCGGGACUGAUCCCCAGGACAGAAGACAAGGAAUUUGAUGAUUUAGAAGAGAGGUUCCAGUGGGUGUCUCUGUGUGUGACUGAGCUGAAGAACAACGUGGCUGCUUACCUGGACCACCUGCAGGCUUUCCUCUGCUUCAGGCCGCACGAAUACAAUCUGGACAUCCCCGAGGGGCCUGCAGUGCACUACUGCAAUUUGGCAAGAGACCUUCAGCUGGAGGCCUUCCUGAAGUUUAAGCAGCGGCUGGAAGGCCUGGUGUGGCAGCCACUGUGCAGCCUGGCCAAAGCCCUGCUCGGCCCUCAGAACCUGAUCAAGAAGCGUCUGAACAAGCUACCGGACUUUGAGCGGGUAGAAGAGAAGCUGCUGGAGGUGGGCAGUAUGACCUACGAGGAGCAGGCCGCCCGGCACACGUACCAGGCGCUCAACUCCCUGCUGGUGGCUGAGCUCCCACAGUUUAACCAGCUGGCCAUGCAGUGGCUGGGCCAGAUCCUGUGCACAUUCGUGACCCUCCAGAGGGACCUUGCGAAGCAAGUGCUGCAGAGGGCAGAGGGGAGCAUGGCCCAGCUGCCCCACCACCAGGUCCCAGAGCCUGCCUUCAGGAAGCUGGUGGAGGACACACUGGGCCGGACGAGUAACCAGCUUCACUCCUUUCAAGAGACCUUUAAGAAAGUGCGGCCACCUCCCACCACACAGCCGCUCCUUCCAGGGUCUGAACGCCAGGUGCAGGCUCUCCUGAGCAGGUAUGGCCCUGGGAAGCUGUACCAGGUGACGAGCAACAUCAGUGGGACUGGGACACUGGACCUGACUCUGCCUCGGGGCCAAAUCGUGGCCCUUCUUCAAGACAAGGACACCAAAGGCAACAGGAGCCGCUGGCUGGUGGACACAGGGGGACAUCGUGGGUAUGUGCCAGCCGGGAAACUGCAGCUGUACCAUGUGGUCCCCAGCACAGAGGAACUCCAAAGGCAGGCGGGGCUGAAUGAAGACCCCCGAUGUCUAACACCAGAGGCUGUUCGAGCUCCAGUGCCCUCUAUUCCCACUGCGAACCAGGUCAUAGCAGCGUACCCUUUUGUGGCCAGAAGCAGCCAUGAAGUCAGUCUGCAGGCAGGCCAGCCCGUGACCGUCCUGGAGGCCCAGGACAAGAAGGGGAACCCGGAGUGGAGCCUGGUGGAAGUGAAUGGACGGAGGGGUUAUGUGCCUUCUGGCUUCCUGGCCAGGGCCCCAAGCCCAGUUUUGUGGGGCUGGAACCUGCCCUCUUAGGGUACCCUCCGGGGAGCCCACAUUGCCAAGUGAUGGGGGAGGCUUAGAGGCGGUGACCCCGGAGGGAGAAGAAGUCAAGGAAAGGUGGGUGUGGGAGGGAAGACCAGGCCAGGAUGGGUGAAGGGCACUCAGGAGGCCGCCAGAAGACGUGGGCGGGCCUCACAGAGGUGUGGCGGGGGCACAGGAGGCUCCAGCCAGGACGGCUCGUUAUGUCUGCGUAAGGAACUCAUUCCGACCUAGACUCACAGUGCACUUGGACGCAGGUCACAGCUGAUUGGCCAGGUCUCGCCAUCGCUUAUGGGCAGUCUUACCUGUGUCUCCAUCCAGGACUGCCUGUGGCGGGGGUCGCCUAGGAGAAUGCUACCUGCAUGCUGUGUGGUUGCAGGAAGUGGGUGCUGGAGAAGCCAGAACUGCCUGGUCUGAUGGUUCGCUACCUACAAAUGGUAUCAGGAGACAUCUUAACCAACGAGUCAGCACGGUUGUGCUGAAAAUGACGUGAGGCUAAGGAUGCAGAGCUCCCUGUGAGCUGUGAUAUGUGAUGCAAAUGUAAAUGAUGGCAGUGAUCUUGGGUUGGCCCCAGCCAUGCAGCCCUCCGCAAUGCCCGUGCCCAUGGCAGCAAACCUCGUUCAUCAGCCUGGCUUCCUUUCCCGUAACCCAGGAUCUGCCGUGGGGGUCUUCUCAGUACUGCAUUCUAUGUAGCCAGCCUCUUCGACUUGGUAAGUGAGCCACCCACUUCUAGAACCUGGAAAUUGGAGCCCCUCAAAAACAGUUCCUGUUCAAGGAGGACGGACCCGCUGGGGCAAUGAUGGGUGCAGUCAUUGCUUGGGGUUGCCCUGUCUAGGCUGUUGCUCUGGGCAAUGAUAAAUUGCAAGAUUCCCAGAAAUGGGAAAAGGUGACCCAGUGUGAUCUUACACAACUUACAAAGUUUGUAACCAACCCCAGUUAGAACGUGUGUCAAACAGGAGAUAGUUUAGAUAUAUUUCUAAGAUAUGUCUAUGUUAUAAACAUAGUGCCUAAGCAGUGAGCUCUGGUUUUUGAAGGGCUUUUAAGAAAUAUAUACAUGUCUGUGUCAGACAGUCUGUAAGUUGCAUCCUCUGGGCCUGUCAAAGCAUGAAGACUGCAGAAUACAAGAGAAACACAACCCCUACAGUUCCUUUCUCAGUAGCAAAUUCACUUUAUAGGAUGCUCUUGACUCAUUCUCUCUGCUCUUUCCUGCUCAGAUUUCUGAUAAAAAUAAGAAGCAUAGGGAAACAGAUAAUGAAAUAGGAAACCCACUCGUGGGUUCCACAGAUAUUUACUGCAGGCCUACUGUGUGCUAGAAUUGUAGCUCAGGGGUUCUCAGUGUAGCUGCUCAGUGAAGUUACCAUGGCAGCUUUCAACUAGCAGAAGCUAGGCUCCCUCUCACCUGGAGAUUCUGAUGAAAUCGGUUUAGGGUGUUGUUCAGGCCUCAGGAAAUCAGAAAGCUUCCCAGGGCCUUCUAAUAUGCAGCCAGGGCUGGGGACCUCUACCCUAGACACACAGUAUUGGACAGCUGGAUCUGGGGCCAGAGAUGGCCAUGAGCUAUAAGCUAGGAUGUGCCCCAACUCAGCUCUGCACUAGCUAGUUCAAACCGGCGCUUUAGAGGCAGUGUGAAAUGGGACAGCCUGUCUGUCAGGUCUCAGAAUGUAUAUUUAUUAAGUGCCAUUAAAAGGGACCUGAACAAAAUUGGAUGUCUUGUAGGCAUAAGGAAGGAAAAUAAAAUAUACUUGGAACCAACUCUAUCUGAUGAAGGGAAAAUAAAAACAGUAUUGAGUAGCA